AUGUCUUUUUCCGAGGAUGUCAUUGAUUUAAAAUGUCCUCUUUGUUUUCGUCGUUUUUAUGACCCUAUUAUUCUUGAUUGUGGACAUACAUUUGAUCGAUUAUGUAUACAAAAACAGAUAGAUUUAAAUGAAUCAUUCAAUCCAAAAAGAUCGAGUCAAUGUCCUCUAUGUAUAUUUACAUUUGAUUCAAGAAAUUCUUUGAUAUCGAAUCAAUCUUUAAAUAAUAUUAUUAAAUCUGAACCAACAUUUGAAUGGUUUUUCAUUGAUAUAUCUCAUAAACAAAACACAGACGUUCUUAUAUUUCUUAAACGUGUAUUUGAUAAAAGAGAUAUAUUUCAAACAAAUCGUAUUAUUUUUGAAACUAAUGAUAUAAGAUUAGUAUUUAAUUCUAAUAUAAAUUUUGAUCAAGAAUUAAAACUAAAAUCUAUAUCAAAUUUAAAUAAUAUGUUACAAGAAGCUUGUAAUUAUUUACAACAACAAGAUGGUCUUCGAAAAAUUUGUAUUCUUACUGAUGGCUUAAUAAAACAUUCAAAUUUAAUAAAGAUUAAUUCGAAUAUAAUUAAUCAACGUUUUAUUAUUCAUGUUGGAGAUAAAAAUAUUACACGUACUCGUCAACUUGCUGACGAUAUUAAUUUUCAUUUUGAACAUUUCAAUAAGCGAACAUUUGAUAUUUAUGUACAGCAUUUUAUUUUAAAUUUUUAA